AUGACAAAGCAAAGCAUCCAAUUAUAUAAUAAUUAUCUAUCGAAUUAUAAUUUCAUUGAAGUGCCUGAAGCUAAAGCUUUGAUUUUCAUAUCUAAUUAUAAUUUUUGCUUACCAAUGAGUGGUCAAAAUCAUAUUGAACAUGCUUCAAGCAGUUCUCAUGAAAACAUGCAAUUUAUAAACGAAAAUCUAAAAGUUGUUGCUACGCACUCUUUAAAGCAACAAAGCAUGAAAGGAUUUAAAAUAAAUUAA